UUGUAUUUAACGUCUCAUUGCGCAUCAUGUUCAGCUGUGAGAGAGUUUCUGGGGAAGAUCUUCUACGGCAAGCUGAGUACUACGCCACAAAGGAUUUUCUCCGUAUCCAACGCUUAGAUUGUGCAGACAUUCCAAUAUCAAAGCAUUGGGAUACUCGGCCAUUCUUCCUACCGGCCAGGCAUCAAUUGAGUCUUGAACUAAUUGAGAACUUCAAAGUACGGUCCGAUGAUACGUGGGUGCUCUCGUACCCGAAGACUGGAACAACAUGGACGCAAGAAAUGGUUUGGCAGAUAUCAAACAAUUUGGAUUUUACACGAGGAAUGAAUUAUUCAAUCCACGAUAGAUUCCCUUUUUUUGAAGUUGGAAGUGUUGCUGCUAUUAACUCCAAUGAGGAAUCUCUGAAAUUUCUCCAAAACAUGCCAUCACCACGCUUCAUUCAGAGCCAUUUGCCUGCACCUCUCUUGCCCAAAGAAAUCUGGACAAUGAAACCCAAAAUUGUCUACGUGGCUAGGAAUGCCAAGGAUACCAUUCUAUCCUUCUACCACUUCUAUCGGAACGUUCAGGAUUAUCGAGGAACUCUCAAGGAUCUCGUGGAGGCUUUUCUUGCAGAUUCUACAAAUUACGCGCCAUUUGAUGCCCAUGUGAUUGAUUUCUGGAAUAUGAGGAAUGAGAGGAAUAUUCUCUUCCUAACCUACGAGGACAUGAAAAGGAAUCUUCCAUUUGUGAUUCAAAAGACUGCAAAAUUCCUCGAGAAGUCUCUAACAAAUGAACAAAUAGACAUCUUGGCAGAUCAUCUGUCCUUCGAUAAAAUGUCCCAAAAUAAUUCAGUGAACUUCAAGCAACGCAUCGAGGAUAUCCCAAAGUGUGUCAAUCCGAGGAAGGAUAAAGAUUUUGCAUUUAUGAGAAAGGGAAAAAUUGGUUCGUACCGCGAAGAAAUGUCUCCUGAUAUGAUUGACACGAUCAACGAAUGGAUUAGACGAAGACUAGUGGAGAAUAAAGCUGAUCCUGAGCUACUAAAUAUCCUUUUGUAGAGCUUUCCUUGUCUAAAGAAAUGAAUAAAUGAAUAAGUUGAAUAUUA